AUGAUGAUAUCACAAGAAAUGAAUAUUGCAGGCAUGAGAAAAGAAAUGUAUCGUCCCGAUGCUCCUUCAUACAUGCAGCCCUUCGCAUACCGCCUCACGCAGUACUGUCCAGCUCGUAAUGACGUGGAUAUUGGUGCUGGGCAACGUGUAGGCCUACUUACAAAAAUACAGGCGAUCCUUAUCGCUUCCUUCCUAUCGUAUAAUAAUAAGAGUAUUGCUUUUCGGUCGAACACUGAGCCCGCGUUGCGUUACAAGGUGGGAUACGAUAAAGCUGAACUCUAUGUAUUGUCGCAGGAACCUGUACGCCGAUCCCAACGUGGUCCGUGUGUUGUGCCGCGGCCAAAGGAUGCUGAGGAGUUCAAGCGGCGAGUGUGGGCCUACAAACGGUUACUGAACAGGAACAGAGCGCGUCGGAUGUAG